CUUUUUACCGAAAUGUUUUCUUCCUUCGCCGCCGCCGUGUAACUUUGCGAAAAAUCAAGAAGUCUCCGCCGAAAUUGCUAAAUGAACGCCGUGAAAUCGUGUCCGCUUCGAAAUAAUUUUAUGUACAGUUUACGCAGGAAGUAGGCAGCUUCAAAAUAAGUGUUUGCAAAAGCAGUGAAAUCCAGUGCGGAUAGGGCAAAUUAAGGACCGGAAAAUUUUCCUUUUGGAUAAAUUCUGCUGCUGCCUGAGAAGCCAAAAUGGGCGCGUAUCUAUCGGAACCACUCACGACGAAGGAUUCCAGCGAAGAGGCCAAUGACUUCCUGGCGUGCGGUUCCAGUUCGAUGCAAGGCUGGAGAAUCAGUCAAGAGGACGCUCAUAAUUGUAUUCUAAAUUUCGAUGACAAAACGUCAUUCUUUGCCGUUUACGACGGUCAUGGAGGAGCAGAAGUAGCUCAGUAUUGCAGUUUGAACCUACCAACCUUUCUCAAGAAAUUGCAAUCAUACAAGAAUAAGGACUUUGAGCAAGCACUGAAGGACGCAUUUCUUGGCUUUGACGCCACUUUGUUAGAGGAAAGAGUCAUUGAAGAGCUGAAGAAACUUUCAGAUAAAACCAACGGAGAAGAUGCAAUAGAGGAGGAUGACGUAGAGGAGGAGGAUGAUAAUGUGGAUGAUUUGUGCAAGGAGGCUCGCAUGCCACUAAACGAAGUCUUACAAAUGUAUAAAAAAGAUAAGAAGAAUCCAGCUCUCGCUAAGAUUAAAGAAGGCAGCUGUUCGAAGCCAUUAUCUCCGUACCUGAAAGGUAAACGGAAGGGUCUCACGGACGGGGACGAGCCUGGACCAAGCUCCAGUAGUACAGGAUCAUCUUCAGGUUCAGCCGAAGCAGAUGCAUCCAACAGCAAGACGUCAGGUGUUGCCGACGCCGCAGAUUCAACUGUUAGCAGCUCAAGCAACAAAACAGAGGAAGCUGCUCAAAAGCCCGAAUCUUCAACAACAAAUAAAAAGGCCGAUCAAAGCGACGAAAUAAGUGACACUGAUGGAGUCGUUGCCAAAAAAACAAACAAAGAGGAGUGCGCUCCUGAUAGUUCUUCUGCGGGACCAACAGUUAAUGGCGAAGUAGCAGAAUCUGCCAGCAAAUCAGCAGUAUCAUCCUCAUCUGUAUCGGCGCAAGAAAACGGAGAAGUCUCAAGCAAUAGUGCUGGUGGUAGCAGCAGCAACAACAAAAAGAUUCCAUUACCGGGCGGAUCGUCAGGAAGCAACAAGACCGGCACUAGUGUUGACAGCUCAUCGGCUGGAUCCUCUUCCUCUGUCACAGCGGCGGCUGGAUCGAAGAAGCGGAAAGCGAAGAACGGAGGAGCGAAUAUCGUGAACGAUGAUUCGGAGGAUGAUGAUACGGAAACUGAUGAGGAGUUUCCUCCAGUUCAAGAUUCCAAUGAGAAUUCCAGCACGGAAGAUGGCGAAGAAGAUACCUAUGGCGAGGAAGCAAGCGAAGAAGAGGAAGAAGAUGACGAGGAAGGCGAAGGGGAAUAUGAUGAAGAAGAGGAGGAUUAUAUGAAUGAAGAGGAUGAAGCUUUCAUGAGUAACAUCACAGACGAACCUGGCAAAGAUAGUGGUUGCACAGCUGUCGUUGCUUUGCUUCAUGAUAAAGAGUUAUUUGUAGCCAAUGCAGGUGACUCACGUUGCGUUGUAUGUCGCAACGGAAAAGCUUUGGAAAUGAGCAUCGACCACAAACCGGAGGAUCAAGUCGAAUUUGAACGAAUACAGAAGGCUGGAGGUCGUGUGACACUGGAUGGUCGUGUAAAUGGUGGACUAAAUUUGUCCCGAGCAAUCGGCGAUCAUGGCUACAAAAUGAACAAAAAAGUACAACCGGAAGAUCAAAUGAUUUCGGCUCUUCCGGAUAUAAAGAAGAUCUCCAUCGAACCGGAGGAUGAAUUUAUGGUGUUGGCAUGUGACGGAAUUUGGAACUUCAUGACAAGCGACGAUGUUGUGGAAUUCGUACAGGAUCGCAUCGCAGAUCCAACUAAAAAACUGACGGAUAUCUGCGAAGAGAUGUUCGAUUACUGUCUGGCACCGCACACGAAAGGCGAUGGUACCGGUUGUGACAACAUGACCGCUAUCAUUGUUCAAUUCAAGCCAAACUUUACCGGCGCCGCAUCUAGGAAGCGUGCUUGUUCUCCAGACCCUGAAUCCGACUGCAAAAAGGCCAAAACUGAAACCAGUGCCAGCUCGACGACUGCGGCCGGUAGCAACGGAAGCAAGUGUGAGACCACAAGCAGCAAUGACGAGAAAGAGGCCGCCGCGGCUGUAGCAUCAAUCGAGCCCAGCUCGGGAGCCGCUAUGGACACCGAUGACAACACCGCAUCCUCUUCAACGUGAAUUCAUUAACGCACUUCACUCCACAGCACUAACAAAUCCAUAGGCACUGAGCGCAUCUACCUAACACUUCCUUGUGAGUCUUGAGGUAGGUAAGUACACUAAACUACUUUCUUUAGGUACUCUCACAAAAUCCAGCCUCUAUCGUUCAUCGAUCGACAAACAACAGUACUAGACUCAAAGAUAAACCAACUCAUAUAUGUAUAGGAAUCACACCAUUUCCGAUCCUUCCUCCUUCCUUCUCCAACACUCUUGCUCGAUUGGAGCCAGAUUUUAAAGUUUUGACCCACAUCAUCCAAUACCCAUGUGUACUAUGUAAGGUAAAAAUGAAUCUAGAUUAUGAUCAGAAAUAGUAGUAGCCAAAACAUUGACACUUAACACUAUUUGCGUAUGUUCAGUAUUUGAAAGUAGCUGUUGCGAACUAUGCCCGUGCUCGAGGAGCUUAUUGUGAAACCAAUUAAGAACAGUUUGUCUAGAACUCCUUUCGGUAGAUUUAUAUUUUACAAUUUCCGACGUAUAAACGAUGUUAUGAGUUGACUUUCUUGAUUAAUGUGUAGGUGAUACAGAUUAUGACUUAACGAAGAAUCUACGUUAAAAUCGCGCAGAAAUAAAUUUUUAUGCUAUUGAGCUAACAUAAUUCUGAUCCUGGAAGAAAGAGUCUGGACAAAAGGAUAUUAAUUAUGUAGUUGAAAAGCCAUGAGUGAAGCUUUCAAGCUAAUGUAAAUAUUACUCGAAGCAAAACGAGCACAUACGAUUGAUAACGAUAAUCUAGUUUGUGUAUGUGUGUGGUAAAACAAGCAAUCGUGAUUCACAUUUUCACAUUUCAUUGGAAAGAAGCAAUGCAGGCAAGAAUUAAAAGAUCCAACUCUUUGGAGAUUUCUUGUCGCUAACUAUCUACAAUAUUAUGAACAUGCCACACACAAAUAGUUUGUAGUCACAAAAAGAAGGGCAAUAAAGUGUCUUUCGUUUGAA